AUGUCGACUUUGUCAUCUCCACGUCUGUCUAUUGCCUCCUCUCGAGCCCAUUCCCCGGGUCCAGCCUCCUCCCGACCGUCACUCGAUGCCUUGAACACCAACGUCAGCGGGGGGCUCAGCGCCGCAUCUACCCCAUCAACUGCACGAGCUCUCUCUCCCUCACUCCAUCUCCGACGCAAUCGCAGCGCCCUGCGAGACUACUAUAAUCUCAAACCGCCCGGCGCAGACGCAUCUACCUCCCGAGAUGCGUCUCGCUCCCGGAGUGUGCCGCGGAACACAGAUGCAGGAGACACCUCCGACCCAUCUACUCUAGGGCCAGGGACGGAGCUCGACAGUGCAGACUUCGACCCGCAGCGGUAUGUUGAGCACCUCUUGUCGACAUCAUCGCUGGCUACGGUGCUCAAGGCGGAGAACACGUUAGUUGGGGAUAUCCGUACUCUCGACGGAGAGCGGAAAGCGUUGGUCUACGAUAACUACUCGAAGUUGAUUCGCGCUGUGGAGACAAUCGGGAAAAUGCGGCGCAGUAUGGAUGAUCGCGGUGCACCGCUGACUAUGACCAAAACGCUGGGUCCGGCUAUUGCUUUUGUUGCUGAGACUGCUGGUGGGCUCAUCAAGGAAGGCGAGGAGCAGCGGCGGCGAAUGAAGGAAGCGAAGUUGGAAGAUGAGACUUCGAGUCAGAAGAGUGAGAAGGAUACUGUUCGAUGGGUGCUUGCUGCACCGCAGAGAUUGGAGAAGCUUCUGGCGGACGAUAAACAGGAGGAUGCGGAGAAGGACUGGAAAGAAGUUCAGCAUUUACUCGACGCAUGGGGUGCUGUCAAGGGUGUCGCUGAGAUUCGGGAAGCAUGCGAGAAAGUUAUGAAUCGGUCGAGCGACGAUGACUGA